AUGGUUAACAGCUUAGCCGCCCGGCUCGCGGAGCCUGCGCUUCCCGCACGACGGGCCCCGAUCCCGUGCCGUGCGCCGGAGGGGGGGGGGAGUGUCGGGCAGCGGAGCCUUUCCGGGGCUCUCCCGGGGGCCAGCGCAGCUGGGAGGGCGCGAAGGGGCUCGGGGCCCUUGGGCGGAACCGAGCAGGGGCUGUCCUGGGACCCCCGGCCCAACGAGAAGAGCCCCACCGGGCCGGUGCAGGCUGGCUGUGGGAGCAGCGGUGGAGACCCCCACCCCCUCCCGCGGGGCCCGGAUCCGGGGGAAGGCCGCGGGGCAGGAGGGCGCACGUCAGGAAGGCUGGGGCUGACCCACGGACCUGCAGGCAGGCGGGGGGGGGGGAUCCGAGGGCUCCGGGGACCUGCCCGGAAGAGGCCCGGUUGCUUGCCGGGAUCGACCCCCCCUCCUCCUCCUCGUGAGGAGCCAAGGGCUCGGGCCCCUUCAAGCCUCCGCGGGCUGCCGGAGGGGCCACCUGGAGGGCGGGGGGGGGGGGCGGGAUCCGCAAGAAUCCCUCUUGAUCCGGCUGUCUGGGCUGUAAUCCCCUCGCCGGGUAAUGAGAAGCAAAGCCGGCCUUCCAGGGGGCACGCGGCGGGCGGCCGGCCAACGCAAUCAAUUCGGCCGCGGCUUAACCAUCUGCUUAAAGGUUCGGCAGCCCCGCGCGGGGCUCCGCUCUCCAGCUCGGGCGGAUCGGCCUUCCGACGUGCCGGGGCCCCUUGCCUCCAGCCGCGGGGGGAGAAGAAGCGAGCGCGGGACGUCCCUCCCGGCAGGGUUGGCAAGGGGCGCGGGAGCGGAGACGGGGCGGGGCUGAGGCUGCCGGGGGGGCUGCAGCGGCGAAGAGGUGAAGCGCCGCCUCCUGCGCCUGGGCUGGCGGGGCCGGGGCUCGACGGCUCUGUCCACCAAUGCGGUGCUGAAAUGGCGCGCGGCGCCUCCCCCGGCCGCGAAGUGGCGGCGCGGCGGGUGAGCAGGAGGCGGCGGCGGAGCGGCGGGGCUGGUCGGCGGGCCCACUGA